UUCUCCUUUUUCCCCAUGGAAGGCCCCCCGGAAACUGUGCGUGUCUUUGACCAAUCAGAAACGCGAGAUUUCACAGCACUGUUUAUCGCGAGACUUGCGUUCUUCCUUUUCCUUUCCCCCACCGUUUCCAAAAUGGGAGUUGACAUCAGACAUAACAAGGACCGCAAGGUGCACAGGAAAGAGCCAAAGAGCCAGGAUAUCUAUUUGAGGCUCCUGGUCAAGCUCUACAGGUUCCUGGCCCGCCGCACCAAUGCUUCUUUCAACAAGGUUGUCCUGAAAAGGCUCUUCAUGAGCAGGAGCAACAGGCCUCCCAUUUCCCUUUCUCGCCUGAUCUGCAAGAUGAAGUUGCCUGGCCGUGAGAACAAAAUUUCCGUCGUCGUGGGAACGAUCACGAAUGAUGUCAGGAUCCAAAAUGUGCCCAAGCUCAAGGUGUGCGCGCUCAGGAUAACUGACGGCGCUCGCCGCAGGAUCCUGAAGGCUGGAGGCCAAGUGAUGACCUUUGAUCAGCUGGCUAUGACUGCACCUAAAGGACAACAGACAGUGCUGCUGUCUGGUCCUCGCAAGGCCAGAGAGGUGUACAGGCACUUUGGAAAAGCUCCUGGAACUCCUCACAGCCACACCAAGCCCUACAUUCGUUCCAAGGGCAGGAAGUUCGAGAGAGCUCGUGGUCGCAGAGCCAGCCGCGGCUACAAGAACUAAAGUCUCUCUUUGUUUACCAUGCAAUCUGAUUCAAAUAAAAGACUGGCUGUACAAAAUAUCA